UUAUUGCGCAGUAGUUUACCUCUGUCCAAGAGCGAGAAAACAAGUGUUCAUAUAUGCGAGUUAGAGUUAAGAGAGUAAUACUAACGAGUGACAGUGUGAUUUCAAAUGCGAGAGUUGUUACAUAUAUUGUUCUAUUUUCUUAUAUAUUAUACGUGUUAACUAAAGGUGUACAUUUCAUUUAAUCAACCCACAAUUGACAGAAGACCGUGGUUAUUGCAAAUAGAGAGAGAAAAUCACAAUUGGUAGAAGAGUGUGGUUGUUGCAAACAGAGAGAAACUCACAAUAGAAAACCUUCGAAACGAGAACGAAAUUUUUGCUAUACUUAAAAAAGUACUUUUAUCUUGCAAAGUGAAAAUGGAAAAUAAUAUACUUCAUGGUCCGCCAGUAAAAAAAAUACCAAACAUAACUUUAGGGAAACAUCUAUUCGAUUGUCUACGUUCUAAUGGUGAACAUAUUAUGCAAAUAGAUGCUAAUACUAAUAGACACUACACUUGCAAAGAUAUCCUUGAGAAAAGCAUAAUAGUAUCUAAUGCUUUGAGGAAUUAUGAGAUCAACGUCGAAGACAAAAUCUCUAUUGCGGCGGAAAAUCAUCCAAAUUACAUGACAGUGAUGUGUGCCUCAUUAUUUAUCGGAGCUACAUUUACACCGUUGAAUCCAACGUAUACAGAAAGAGAAUUUAAACAUAUGUUGGAAAUUUAUCAACCACGACUCCUAUUUGUAUCUCAAUGUACCGAAAAGAUUUUGGCGAAAAUUGCAUCUACUUUAAGCUGGAAUAUGAAAUUAAUUGAGUUGGACGACAAGUCUCUUGAUGAAAAUAUAAUAACAUUAAAGGAAAUUGUGGAGAAAUAUAGAAAUAUUACGGAUCUCAAUAUGUUUUUACCAACGCAGAUAGAUGACAACAGCAAAAGAACAGCAGUUAUUUUCUGUUCCAGUGGUACAACGGGCUUUCCAAAGGGAGUAAUGUUAUCCCAUAAAAAUUUAUUAAUUUUCAUGGAAGCUGCUAAAUAUCCAGGUUAUGUAAAUAUUGAACAUGGAGAUCGAAUAAUGAUUUUCUUGCCAUUGUUUCACGGCUAUGCAUUUGGAAUGAUGACCAUAGCAAUAACUUGUGGUGCAACUGUAUGCAUAAUGCGAAAUUUCGAUUUAGAAACGUUGCUCAAAUCUGUUGAACAAUAUAGAAUUACGAAUAUACCGUUGGUUUCUCCAGUUUUAGUAACUCUUGCGAAACAUCCAAUGGUGUUAAAUUACGACUUCAGCAGCGUAAGAGAGAUAGUAUGCGGUGCAGCUCCAUUUCCGAAAGAUAUUGCAGACGAAGUAAAGCGACGUACAAAAGUGAAAACUAUUCGAAACGGUUAUGGCAUGACGGAAUUAACGAUAGUAUCAAACAUAAGCAACCCGAUGAGCAACGAUAAUUCCGUAGGUCCUGUAAUGGCUGGCUUGAAAUACAAAGUGGUGAAUACUGAAACAGGCAAGACACUUAGUGCAAGAGAAGUUGGAGAAGUUUGCUUCGCGGGUGAUCGGGUAAUGUUGGGAUAUUUCAAGAAUCCUAAAAUCACUGCGGAAACAAUUGACAAAGAGAAUUGGUUGCAUACUGGCGAUCUGGGAUAUUUUACUGAAGAAGGAACGCUAUAUAUUACAGGACGUAUAAAGGAAAUUAUUAAAUACAAAGGUUUUCAAGUUUCACCAUCCGAGAUUGAAGAAAUAAUAAUGUCGCAUCCAAGUGUAAAAGAUGCGGCUGUCUUGGGUAAACCAGACGAACUCAGCGGAGAGUUACCAAUGGCUUUGGUAGUAAGACAACCUGGUAAAAUUAUAUCAGAGAAAGAAAUUCUGGAUUUCACUAAUGAGCAACUAUCACCACAGAAACGGCUCAGAGGUGGCGUAAAAUUUAUCGAGGAUAUACCUAAAACACCAUCAGGAAAAAUUAUACGAAAAGAAUUGAUUAAUCUGAUAUCUAAGUUAUGAAUAAAUUGUUUUAAUUAUUUGAAUACAAUUAUUAUAUUAUAUUAUAUAUGU